AUGACUCCCCUCCACAUACUGCCCGGGCUUCUCCUCCUUCUCACUCCUCGGUGCUCCUCUGCAGCUGCAAAUGGAGACAAGCUGACGGCAGGCCAAGCGCUCGCUGUUGGCAGCAAGCUCGUCUCCAGAAACGGCAAGUUCGCGCUUGGCUUCUUCCAGCCAGCAGCUGCGGCGGGUAGCAUCAGUAAGUCGUCUCACAAUGUCACCUCCCCAAGCUCAGGCUGGUAUCUGGGCAUAUGGUUCAAUAAGAUCCCGGUUUUCACUACUGUGUGGGUCGCUAAUAGGGAGGAGCCCAUCGUCCACCACAACUUCAACCUAACACAGCUCAAGAUAGCAAGCGAUGGCAAUCUUGUCAUUGUAGUAAACCAUGCCGGCAACACGGAGUCUGUAGUUUGGUCCACUCACAUCGCCAAUAAUAUGACACAAACCAGCAAAAAAAACACCCUCACCACUAGUGUUGCCCUUCUCUUGAACAAUGGAAACCUUGCCCUCACAUCUGAACAGAAGGUGUUGUGGCAGAGCUUCGACUACCCAACAGAUGUCGUGCUUCCUGGCUCUAAGUUUGGCCGUAACAAGAUCACUAGUUUUAGCAGCCAACUCAUCUCAAAGAAGAGCCUCAUUGAUCCUGGUUUAGGGUCAUACAGUCUUGACCUAGAAGAUAUCAAGGGGUUCGUCCUCAAGCGCCGCAAGAAUCCAUCAAUAGUGUAUUGGCUUUAUGAAUCCUCCACAACAUCAGCAAUGAAUCUUUUGCCACUAGCCCAGGCACUGCUAGAUUUGAAUCCUCAGACCAAAGGUUUACUUAACAUAACAUAUGUUGAUAACAACCAAGAGGAGUACUAUAUGGGCACUUUACGAGAUGAAUCCUCGGCUUCCAUAUUUGGCUUACUAGACAUCUCUGGUCAGAUAAAGAUGAAUCUUUGGUCACAAGCCAGCCAGUCUUGGCAGACAAUAUAUGCCCAACCAGACGAUCCAUGUGAUCCGCCUGCAACCUGUGGACCGUUCACAAUCUGUAGCGGCAAGCCACAUCCAUCAUGUGAUUGUAUGGAGAACUUCUCUCAGAAGUCCCCGCAUGAUUGGGAGUUUGAUGAUCGAACAGAAGGAUGCAUUAGAAAUACACCGUUACAUUGCACUCAUGAGAUAAACAUGACAAGUUCAACAGACAUAUUCCACCCCACUGUUCAAGUUCAAUAUCCGUACAACUCGCAAAACAUAGUCAGUGCUACCACCCAAAGAAAAUGCGAAGAAGUUUGUCUCAGUUCCUGCUCCUGCACUGCUUAUUCCUAUAACGAUAGAAGAUGUUCUGUCUGGAAUGGAGAAUUACUUAAUGUAAUUCUGGCAAAAGGCAUUGAUAACACCGGAGAUCAUGUUCUCUACCUUCGCCUUGCCGCCAAAGAUUUGCUGCCAAGUUUGAGAAAAAACAAAAGAAAACCAAAUGUUGGAGUUGUUAUUGCAUCCAGUAUUAUUGGUUUUGGAUUACUAAUGUUCAUGCUAUUGUUACUGAUUUGGAGGAACAAAUUCAAGCGCUGUAGUCUUCUAUCAAUAAGCUAUGACAAUCAAGGUAGUUCUGGUGGGAUUAUAGCCUUUAGAUACACGGAUUUAGUUCGUGCUACUAAGAACUUUUCAGAAAAGCUGGGUGGAGGUGGUUUUGGUUCUGUAUACAGGGGAUUAUUAAGUGACUCAGAGACUAGUGUAGCAGUUAAAAGGCUUGAUGUUGCCCAUCAAGCAGGAGAGAAGCAAUUCAGGGCUGAGGUGAGCUCAAUUGGAUUGAUCCAACACAUUAACCUAGUCAAACUUAUUGGUUUCUGUUGUGAAGGUGAUCAUAGGUUACUUGUGUAUGAACACAUAGUAAAUGGGUCUCUUGAUAGUCAUCUAUUUAAGGUGAGCAAUAAUGGUGAUGCCGCUACCCUAAAUUGGAAUAACAGAUACCAAAUAACCCUAGGAGUUGCUAGAGGAUUGUACUACUUGCAUCAAAGUUGCCAUGAGUGCAUUAUACACUGUGAUAUUAAGCCAGAGAACAUAUUGGUAGAUGGGUCAUUUCUUCCUAAAGUUGCAGACUUUGGGCUGGCAGCGUGUGUGGGAAGGGACUUUAGCCGAAUCCUGACAAGUUUUAGAGGAACCAUCGGUUAUCUUGCCCCGGAGUGGCUUAGCGGAGUUGCAAUCACGCCAAAAGUCGAUGUUUACGCCUUUGGCAUGGUGUUGUUGGAAAUCAUAUCAGGAAGGAGGAAUUCAGCACAUGAAACGUCAUACAACACCAGCAACAAUAGCAGUAACCAGCAUGUUGAAUAUUUCCCCGUGCAAGCCAUCAGCAAGCUUCAUAGCGGUGAUGUGAAGAGUUUGGUGGAUCCACGGCUAAAUGGUGAAUUCAGUUUGGAAGAAGUUGAAAGGGUUUGCAAAGUUGCUUGUUGGUGCAUCCAAGAUAAUGAGUUUGAUCGUCCGACGAUGGGUGAAGUUGUCCGGGUUCUAGAGGGUCUACACGAGAUUGAUGUGCCCUCGAUGCCAAGACUACUUGCAGCUAUUACAAAACAAUCUGGUGUUGCAAUGUAA